AUGGACACCUCCCAGGAGCCCUGGGCGAUCUCUAGCAACAACGAGGAGGACAUUGUUGAUGAGAAGGAGGAGAAGAAUGAGAGGCAGGCGAGCAGAGGAUCCAUUCUCCCCGACAGCCAAGAACUCUUUUUAACCCUGGAGCCCGUCCCUUCACAGGACCAGUUGGCAGUGGAGUGUGACGCCGGGGAAGGCACCUCUGUACUUGGCCAAAUGCCAAUAACCCCUGGCUCUUCAGAGACCAUAAAACAAAAUCUGGAGGAAUGUGAAGGAUGCCAUGUCCAUGAGAUGAGAGGCCACGAAUUGAAUGGGCCAUGGAGACUGAGCUGUACCCUCAUACUUACUGCAGUGGUGGUCUCUCCAGUUCAGAACAGAAGCAUGUUGGCAGAAGAAUUUAAUAUAAGUUGCAGAUAUGCAGGAGUUUUCCAUGUUGAGAAAAAUCGUCGCUACAGUCUCACACGAGAUGAGGCAGUUGAACUCUGCAAAGCUCUCAAUAGUACCCUGCCAACAAUGGACCAGAUGAAGAAAGCUCACAGUUUAGGAUUUGAAACUUGCAGGUAUGGUUACAUAGAAGACAAAAUUGUAAUUCCACGAAUCAAGCCAUAUUCUCUUUGUGCAGCAAAUAACACUGGAAUUUACAUACUCGUUUCAAACAUAACAGACCGGUAUGAUACAUAUUGUUAUAAUGCAUCAGAAACCAGGGAAAAGGCAUGUGAACCAAUCACAAGACUAGAUGUUUCUGGGCAUGAUAAUAAAAGCCAAAUAGGUAAUGUAUUGCUCAUAGAUAAUGAAGAUGGCUCACGUUACACUGAUGGUGUGAAACACACUGACCCAACUCCAUUUACAGAUGAUAACCAUGUGGGUAGUGGGUCAAUACAUGACGGAGAUGCAACAAACCCCACCAUCAUCGGAACUCACACGCCUGGUACCCCAUAUUAUGAAGAGAGAGCCCCAGAUGCACUGUCAACAGAUUAUUCUUCUGGGUCUGGCAGAAAGGAAGAUCAUCCCACAAGUACCAAUGAUAUUGCAACACACUUCGAUGACAAGCGGGGUGAAGAUUCAACUAUGAUUUCACUGAUAACUGAUGGUGUUCCUGGAAAAGAUCAUCCUAGCAAAGGACAGCAUCCCACAAGUACUACUGUGAACCCGCAUCAUGGUGCACAUGAGGAAACUUCCACCCAACAUGAGGGGAAUCCGUCCCCUGACAUUUGGUGGGGGUCCACUACAGAUCACAAGGAGCAGCAUCGAACCACAGCAACCAAGGAUAAGGAUUCACAAGAAUAUGAAACAGAUGAUGAAGAUUCACUGCAAGAUCCAUUACACUCUGGAUGGGACACAAAUGAUGACAUGGAACAGCACCCUCCAGUUACCAAUGUGGAUUCCCAUGGUGAUUACAAGCGUAUAGAAUCAACCCAAGAUCCCUUGUUGCAUAAUGUUUAUCUUGGAGUGGACAAAGAUGAGGACAAGUAUCCCACAAACACUACUGUGGGUAGUGUGAAGCCUGCACAUUUCCCUGCAAAGGAAAGAGAUCAUUCUUCUUCAAGUAUGACUGUGAAUAAUGAAAUAGGACGCAACACAUAUACUCCUACAGCAGUUGUGGUCUCCAAUGAAGGUGCCAAAAAUGAAGACACAACCCAAGAUCCUUUGUUGCAUAAUGUUUAUUUUGGAGUGGACAAAGAUGAGGACAAGUAUCCCACAAACACUACUGUGGAUAGUGUGAAGCCUGCACAUUUCCCUGCAAAGGAAAGAGAUCAUUCUUCUUCAAGUAUGACUGUGAAUAAUGAAAUAGGACGCAACACAUAUACUCCUACAGUUGUGGUCUCCAAUGAAGGUGGCAAAAAUGAAGACCCAACCCAAGAUCCACUGCUGAAUGGGGCUCAUCCUGGAUGGAGUGAUACAGUCAAGUAUUCCACAAAUACUACUAGAGAUGAUGUACUACCUGGAGUUAUUCCUUCACAUGGAAGUGAACAUUCAACUACAGCUAUGGUCUCCAAUGGUGGGACCAAACAUGAAGACUCAACCCAAGAUCCACUAUUGCAUACUGUUCAUCCUGGUUGGGGCAAUGCAGACAAGUAUCCCACGAAUGUCACUAGGGAUGAUGUGCUGCCUGGAAUUAUUCCUCAAAGUGAAAAAGAUCAGGAAAAGGAAUCUUCUCAUACAGCUGUUACCUCCAAUGAUGGUGCCAUAUAUGAAGACUCAAUCCAUGAUUCACUGCCUCCAGAUAAUCAACCAGGAUGGGGCAGUGAGGACAAAUAUCCCACAAAUACCUCCAGGGAUUAUGUCAUACCUGGACUUAUUCCUGAAAAUGAAGAUGAGUUUUAUACAGCUGUGGUCUCCAAUGAUGGUGCCACACAUGAAGACUCAACCCAAGAUCCAUUGUUGCACAGUGUUCAUCCUGGCUGGGGCAAUGAAGACAAGUAUCUCACAACUAUCUCUAGGGAUGAUGUGCUACCUGGAAUUAUUCCUCCAAGUGAAACUGAACAUAAAAAUGAAUCUUCUCAUACAGCAGUGGUCUCCAAUGAUGGCAUCAAACAUGAAGACUCAACUAAAGAUCCACUGUCACCUGGCAUUCAACCUGGAGGGGAUAAUGAAGACAAAUAUCCCACAAACAAUCCCAUUGAUAAUUUGAUACCUGGAGUUUUUUCUGACAUUGAAAUUGGACAUGGCAGAGGACCAGCUUCUACAGCCACCAGUUCUACACUUAACAAACACGAUGGCAGAAGAGCAAAUCCAUCUGGACAGGUCACAACACCAAAAACAGCUUCACAGCCGAGAUCAGCCCAAAUACCAGAAUGGCUGAUCAUAGUGGCUUCUCUUCUGGCGCUGACAUUGAUUCUGGCAGUCUGCAUUGCUGUCAACAGUCGGAGCAGAUGUGGGCAGAAGAAAAAGCUAGUGAUUAACAAUGGCAAAGGGUCAGUGUCAGACAAGAAGAUGGGUGGACUGAAUGGAGAAGCCAGCAAAUCUCAAGAAAUGGUGCACUUGGUAAAUAAACAACAGCCAGAUAAUCGAACAGGACCAUGUGAUGAAUUCCUGACCACAGACGAAACGAAAAAUCAACAAGAGGCUAACAUGAAGACUGGGAUGUAA